CCCUAACCAAGUCGAUGAAGAAAUAGAAAGACAACAGAUUAGUGUCUCUAUUCCCAUUGGGUCCAUUCUGGAUCUCCAAUAAAUGACAAACAAAAUAAAUAAACCUCAAUUUCGAUACACAUCUUACCAUCUCUAGAGGGUUCUCCUUCUUGGAGCCUCUGUAUAUUUUUCUCCACCUUCUUCACAUCUUCUUGAUCCAUUUCCCUUAUGUUAUUCCUUUCUCUUCGUAAUCUCUUCGUGUUCAAGUGAAGAACAUCACAGAAUCCAUAAACACGAAGAAAAACCAUGGCUUUAUCAUCAGUUUGCAAUGAAGUCCCAUCAUUUGCAUUCAAUCCAUCUUUCAUAAAUCCCACAAAAAACCAAUCUUUUUUCGAGUUGAGAACACCCACCAAGUUUUCUUUUCCUUAUUCCAUCAAACAAAGAAAACCCAUGAAAAUCUCGAAAACGACAAAGUUCAUGAACCCUAGAACUGAUGUGGCCGACCCUGUUUUUUAUCGGGACACGAUCAAGAAGAUAGAGAGUGAGAAACAAGAUGGGAAUUUGAUAGGGAUUAAGCAAAUGUUGAAUCUUUGUGGAUUUGGAUAUUGGGUUCAAGGAUUUAGAUGUUUUCCAUGGUUAGCGUUAAAUUUUCACAUGGCGAACAGUUUGAAUAUGAAUCCUUCAACGUUGCAACUUGUUCAGAUUUUUGGUACUCUUCCAAUGGUGGCAAAACCCCUUUAUGGAAUCUUAUCGGAUGCUAUAUUCAUUGGUGGUUCUCAUAGGUUGCCUUACAUUUCCAUCGGAGUUAUGUUGCAGGUAUUAUCAUGGGGUUCUAUGGCAUUCAUGCCAACAGAAGCACUUCCUAUUCUCAUGACAUUUGUUUUACUUAGUAAUCUUGGAGGAUCCAUUACAGAAGUUGCAAAAGAUGCUCUCGUUGCAGAAUAUGGUAAAAAAAACAAAAUAAACGGUCUCCAAUCAUACGCAUUCAUGGCUCUAGCAGCCGGGGGCGUUUUAGGAAAUUGUCUAGGUGGCUAUGUCCUCUUGAAAACACAUCAACCCAAAGCCAUGUUCUUAAUCUUUGCAUCUUUACUCUCUCUCCAACUCGCAUUCUCUUUGACAACAAAAGAAAAAUCUCUUGGGUUACCUCACCCUUCAAAUCACCAUGAAUCAAUCUUGUUGGGUAUCAAGAAACAAUUUUCUAAUCUAAUUUUGGCAAUUCGAGAUGAGGGUAUUUUCGUCUCACUUUCUUGGGUUGUGGGGUCUAUCGCGAUUGUUCCAAUUUUAUCGGGGUCUUUAUUUUGUUAUCAAACACAAAUUUUAAAUCUUGAUCCGUUUAUUAUUGGGAUGUCAAAAGUUAUAGGACAGUUACUGCUUUUAGCAGUAACUGUCCUAUACGAUCGCCACUUGAAAACCGUUUCCAUGAGGAAACUUAUUGGUUUUGUUCAAGUUUUAUACGCGGGUUCUCUCCUUCUUGAUCUUGUUCUUGUAAAGCAAAUAAAUCUCAAAUUUGGAAUCCCAAAUGAAAUUUUUGUUGCUUGUCUUUCGGGUAUGGCGGAAAUCAUUGCACAAUUCAAGAUUCUUCCUUUUCAAGUCCUUUUUGCCCGUUUUGCCCCUAAGGGAUGUGAAGGGUCACUUAUGUCAUUUUUGGCAUCCGCCCUUUGUUUGUCAUCAAUUUGUAGUGGGUUUUUGGGUGUUGGAAUGGCGUCUAUUCUUGGAAUUACAUCGGUUGAUUACUCAAAUCUUCAUGUGGGAAUCUUGAUACAAUUUAUGGCUGCUUUGGUGCCUUUGUUUUGGAUUGGGAAUCUACCUAACUUAGAAUCUUUAGAUGAAAAGGAAAAGAACAUGGGUUUGAGUAAAAGGAGGAGAAAGUAUAGAAGAGUUGGAAGAGUUGUGUAUAAUAUGGUUGUUGUUUAUCGAAGAGAAAGAGAAUCCGAAGCCCAAAGGUAAAGAUUUAGAAUCAAGAAUAUCUUUAGAUACAACAUUUGAAAGAGAGGUGUAACAAAGGCUUAGGCUAGGUUGAUUUCUACAAACUUGUGUAUAGUAUAUACAUGUGAAGAAUGUC